AUGGCGGCUCUAUCAGACCCCGAGAAGAACCCGUCCGAGUCAAAUGUUCAGGAUCAGGUCUUUGAUGGCUCUGCAAGCCCCUUUGUCAAUGCUGACAAGCUAGCCCGUCGCCUCUCUGCCCGCCAGGUACAGAUGAUCGCCAUCGGCGGUACGAUCGGUACUGGCUUGUUCCUGGGUACUGGCAGCUCUCUUGCAAAGGGCGGACCCGCAUCGACUCUCAUCGCCUACGCUAUUUGCGGUGCAAUUGUCUUCGUCACUAUGCUUUGCCUGGGCGAGAUGGCUGCUUUUGUGCCCGUUGCUGGGUCUUUUUGCACAUAUGCGGGGCGGUUUGUUGAUGAUGCACUGGGUUUUGCUUUGACUUGGAAUUAUUGGUUUAAUGAUGCUGUCUCUACGGCUUCGGAUAUUAUUGCUCUUCAACUUCUUUUGGAGUUUUGGACGGAGAAUUUCCCGGGUUGGGCAAUUAGCUUGAUCUUUUUGGUCGUGGUGAUUGCGCUGAAUAUUCUUUCGGUCCGCGUUUAUGGCGAGGUCGAAUACUGGCUGAGUUUACUCAAAGUAAUCACUAUUGUUAUCUUUAUCAUCCUCGGCAUUGCUGUUAACUGUGGCGGCAAUACUGACCACCAAUAUAUUGGCGGCAAGAACUGGCAUAUUGGAGAUGCACCAUUCGUUGGUGGUAUUGGUGGAUUCGCCUCUGUCUUCGUCACAGCCUCAUUUGCCUAUGGCGGCACCGAGUCCAUCGCUAUUACCGCCGGUGAAACCAAAGACCCGGCUAAGAACAUGCCCAAGGUCGUGCGUAACGUCUUCUGGCGUAUCCUGCUAUUCUACCUGCUUUCCAUUCUCAUCAUCGGUCUCAAUGUGCCCUACAACUACCCGGGCCUCUCCGAUGGUGACACCCACACUAGCCCGUUCACCAUCGUCUUCCAACAGGCUGGCAGCACGGUUGCUGGUAGCUUCAUCAACGCGGUUAUUAUGACUUCCGUCAUCUCCGCUGCGAACCACGCCCUCUUUGCUGGAUCCCGUUUGCUAUAUACGCUUGCAGUCGACGGCUACGCUCCUCGAUUCUUCGGGCAACUAAACCGCUUCCACGUGCCAUGGGUCGCUGUACUGGCUACUUCAGUUAUUAGUGGACUUUGCUUCGGCGCGAGCUACAUAGGCGCUGGUCAGCUGUGGACUUGGCUGCAGAACAUCGUUGGUGUCUCGAACCAGCUAUCCUGGAUCUGUAUCUGUCUUGCUUCUCUCCGCUUCCGAAGCGCGGUGCGCGCUCAGGGUAUUGAGCACCUCCUCCCCUUCAAGAACUGGACAUAUCCAUACGGUCCUAUCUUUGCAGUGGGUUUGAACGUCGUUUUGGUUCUUGUUCAGGGCUGGAAAUGCUUCAGUCCGCACUUCAAGGGUGUCGACUUUGUCUCGUACUAUGUUGAGAUUGCAAUCAUGGUCGUCAUGUUCUUGGCCUGGAAGUUGAUUAAGCGUACCCACUUUGUGCACAGAUCUGAGAUGGAUCUUCGCACAGAUCGAUAUGACGGCGGUGCGGACGAUGGUCAUUAUCGUGAGGAAAUUGCCGCGGAGGAGACGAGGAAGGGAUUCAUUGGCAAGCUUCAGCACUUUGGUCAGUGGUUGUUUUUUUAG